AUGGACUUUUCACGGAUUGUUAUAGAAGGCCUCCAGAAACAUGGUGGGGAUUCCAAAAAGCACCCACCUCUUCAAUCCCGCGUAAACCCACAGGAUCAUUCUUCAGAGCCUCAAAACCCAGGGGUUGAUAAGGGAACAGAACAGUCUAAUUCACACCACGAGGGCCCAAGCAGCGAAGUUCGCGACUCAAACCCGAAGAAAUAUCUACCAAGAUGGAGUGAAAGCAAUCGACAGAGCGUCCUAAAACCCUUGAGGGCCUUUACCAGAAGAACAUCGAGUACGCACCUGGACACUAGUGUAGCCAUGGCCCACAAAGAAUCCAAACAAGACGAACCGAUGGAAGGUCUCUAUGACCGUGGUACCGUUGCACAGCGCCAGCGCCAGCGCGACGUUACGGAUAUCUAUCAGAGUCACCCUCCGAUUAAAAGCAUAAACAAACCAGAGCGAACAAAAAACAACUACAUAAUUAGUCAAAUGCUAAAUUCAAACAUGGCCUCUAGAGAUACGGACCACAGCUCAAUUAAUUAUUGGGGGCCCCCCCCUCCCAAGCUGUCUCUGAACGACGAGACAAGCCUAAACUCAAGCAAUAAUACACCGAAACAACGGGCAGCUGAUCUUGAGGAGCAAGAGUCUGUGCAGAAUAGGUGUAUGGCUCAGUCCCCCCCGAAAUCUACACAACCGCAAAAGACUAUCAGGUUCGGACGAAGCGAUUCCGGAGCUUGUGAAGUCUUCCAACAACCAGAAAUGGAAAGCCUGAGAGAAUCACAUAUGAAACGAAUGGACAGCCUCCAGCGUGUAAUCGAUCAAGAAGACGUUUUCCAUCGACUUCGAAUGUCGGACAGUGAGAUAUUAGGUCAUAUCGGGGACAUCUGUUUGAAAGUCAGAACAUUUGCAAGCAAGGUCGCAAAAAUGUCCAAGAAUUCAUUUUUCCUGGAUAAAGCAGGCCAAACCUCAAGGUUAACGGAUAGAAUCAAAUACGAGAUAAAAAUGGUAGCCCCGAUUCCAGACUUGUCCAUAGAUUCGAUACUUGCCGCAACGACAAAAGCUCGGAACCGAAGGUUCCUUAUACAGGGUUGGAUACAUUUUACAUUAUGGAACUCUAUAUUCAGGUCGAAUUUGUUGAUCGAAGGGUCAGAAGCGCCAAGAGGUGGAAACCCGAGCGAUCUCUGGCUUCCUGAAGCAAAAUCCGCUGCUGUUGAGCGUCUGGAGAACGAAUUUUCUUCGCUAGCUCAAAGAAAAAUAAUAAGCCAGGCGACUUUUCACAAAUGGCGAACCCUAACGUUGGGUAUAAUAUCCUCCGUAAACCCACAGAGCGACGGGUCAGGAGAUAAUGGCUCCAAAACAAUUGAGGCCCGCUGCCAAAAUGUAGCGGAAGUACUUCAGGAGCUUAUCCUUGGCAGGUGCCAGUUUGAAAAUGGCAGUAUCCAGGAAGAAAGCAUAGGGUCGUUUAAGAGAUACCUUGUUGAAAUCUUUAAUAGUGCACUGAGCCUUUCUUCUCGCCUUCGUACCCAGAGGGCGGCCUUUGGGCUGCGCUUUCCAACAGCACCACCAUCAAAAUCUCACUUUUCCGAACCUUUGCAUCUAGAUACGGAUUGGAUGCAAACGGAUGACGGUUGUGAUGAGCUUAGCCCUCAGCGCAUCGUGAGCUACGUUAUCGAGCCAGCAUGGUUUAAGGCUGGAGAUGCUAAUGGGGAGGGCUAUGACUUUGGAGCAGGGUGUUUUGUGAAAGCGAGAGUGGUCUGUCUACCCGCCACGGCCCCACCAGAAACGGUUCAUAAAGACCCAGUGCUACAGGAGGCGCCUGCGUUCCGAUCAGAUGUGACUGGUCUCGCUUGA